GCGCCCAUACUACCCGGCGUGCAGCCGGAUCCAAGAUGGAGGAGUCGAGCUGUUGAAGGAUGUUGACAAACGGGAGGGAGAAUCUGGCCUGAGAUCCGGGCGGAGGCGAUGCGAGGAGACUGCAGUCGAUCUGGCUUUGAAUAACUUCAGACCGACAUCAUGAGCAUUGUUCACGACAAAUUAGGUAACGAAUUCCUCAGGAACGGUGGGAUGGAACCAAACUUUUCUUCUGGCAUGAUCAUGUUCAGUCACCUCCCACCAAUCACAAACUUUUCCAGCCUCGCUGCCCAUUCUGUCACACCAUCUGUACCUCAGGAUUUGAUCCUCAAAAAAGAUCCUGACGCUCCAGUAGAAAAAUAUCCGUCAGAAUAUGGGCAGCCCAUCUCAGAUGUUAAAGAGAAAAAGUUCUCUGCGCACGAUGGAUUUUUAUUUUUUAAGAAUAAACUUCUCGAGGAAGAGGAGAUGAACAGGGGACAGAGCAUCUUGACCCACAAUCUAAAUCAUACUGGUCUAUCACAAGUCAGAUAUGAGAAAGAUUACCUCACCGUUCCAAAACAAGGGACUGUUAAGAGGACAAAGAAACAAAACUCCCAAUCUCAGGAUACAAAGCCCAAGCGGAGACGAAGUGAAACGUCCAAGUCUUCAGCAGGUGGAGAUGGUACCAAUCUUUUACAUGGUCCGAAGGUUCACAUAUGUGAGCAUUGCUGUGCCUCCUUCCGUAGUUCUUACCAUCUUCGUCGUCAUGUCCUCAUUCAUACUGGUGAACGGCCAUUCCAAUGUAGCCAGUGUAACAUGUGCUUCAUUCAGAAGUAUCUGCUUCAGAGGCAUGAGAAGAUCCACAGUGGAGAGAAGCCAUUCUGUUGUGAUCAGUGUAAUAUGAGAUUCAUCCAGAAAUAUCACAUGGAAAGACACAAACGGACACACAGUGGAGAAAAGCCUUAUCAGUGCCACACUUGCCAACAGUAUUUUUCCAGAACAGAUAGGUUACUAAAGCACAGGCGUACAUGUGGUGAAAUCCUUGGUAAAAGUGAAAAUGGAAUGGAACCUGGGCCAUCUAGUCAAAUGGGAAAUGGUUGUUUCACCUCAUCUCAGGGAACGAUAGGACCACGUAAAAAAACAAAAUCUAAAGCCACAUCUCAGGAGACUAAGGACAAGGCAGUCCGCAAAAAGAAUAAAUCUAACAUGUCUGAACUGCAAAGCAGCUUAACCAGCUGCAAAGAUAAAUUGUCUGUGUAUAACAUGCAUGAAUAUGCUGUUGAGAUGCCAAUGGGGCCUGCCAUUAUAAAGUUGGGAAAUACAAGUGAAGAGGACUUACAAACAAGAGCACCAAAAUUGGUCAUCAAAAAAGUGAAUCGGAAGAGCCCUCCGAGGACAGGUCUGAACAAUGCUGCACAUCUUGUUAUACCUUCCACAGAGCUGAUGAGACAAAAAUUGAUGGCUAAUAAACAAGGGACUGUGGAUUUGAACAGUAACACCAGCAUGGAUAAUAUUGUCUUGCUGCAGAACACAGGCAAUAAAACAGAACAGGCCAAUAACUGCAAUUAUGAUGAUGCGAUGCAGUUUUUUAAGAAAAAAAGAUACUUGCAAGCUGCCUCCAGUAACAAUGACUAUGCAGUCAGUAUAGGACAAAUGGCAUCACAGCAGUCUGUAAUUCAGGCCGCAGUUGCCAGUGUGAUGGAUAACGAAACCUCGCUUACGCUGUUGGAUUCUUCUCCAAUGAAUGUGGAUGUGAAAGUCUGUCAUGAAAAGUCUGGAAUUCCAGAUGAGGUCCUUCAGAGCCUUCUAGACCAAUAUUCCCACAAACAUGAGCCCCAGCAUGAUGUCCCUUAUGAUAUUGCUGACCAACAUAUGCCAAUCCAUUCUUCAGGAGAGAAUCCAGAAAUGCACGAGGAAGCUGUUUGUCCAGAACCACACCCAUCUCGUAAUGACAAAACAGGAAUGCUCCAAGAAUAUUCAAAGUACCUCCAGCAAGCUUUAGAAAGAACAAGUCAAGGCGAUGGGUUCACACUAACUCCAGGGAUGCAGUUUUGUCCCACUAGUCUUCCAUCUACUCUCCCCAGCCAUAAUUUAUUCCCUGAUAAACAGGCUUACACCACACCUGCACUUGAGUGUGGUUUCAGUCCAUCUAUUACCUCAGUAUUGCCAACCACCUCACCAAAGCCACAUUUUGGUUUGUUGGUUGGAAGUUCCCAACCUGGCAUUCACUUUCCCAGUACAGAAACGGCUCAUCAAAGGCUGACGCCAUCUCAGGAGUUGGCUGGGCAGCUGGAACAACAAAAGAACUUGGAGAGUAGCUUGAAUCAUCAGGUCUAUCAGAUUGAGAAUUUUGCCCAGGCCUUUGGCUCUCAGUUCAAGUCAGGCGGUAGAGUGCCAAUGGCCUUUAACAGCGGCACCAGUGAAGAAGCAGGCCACCGAAUAAGGACUACAGUUUCUGAAUUCUCAGGGUACACUAAUUUGUUGUCUGAUGCUAAUGAGCCAAUUAGCACGGGAGCCAAGACUCCGACCAGCCAAAGUUACAGGUAAGGUCAUUAGUGACCAGGCUGGAGGGCCUUGAGUGCUUGAUACCAUGUUUUUAAUCAUGUGUAAGCACAUUGCCAGUCCAAAUGUUUAUCAGGUUCUGAGAAAAAAAUGUAAAAUUAAUUAAGCCCUUCCAAUGCAACAUUUUACCAUUUUGUUGGGUGCAUUCAGUCUGUAAUCAUGUUAGAACAGUUUGUAUUAGGAAUAAAUUUUAAACACAGUGGAUAGGCAGAAAUUUAACUAAGUCUUGAUUUUUUUUUUCUCAGUGGAUUGGAAUUGGAAAAUGUUUUUAGCAAAAUAGCAUGACUUGGAUGGGGUUAAAUGUUUUUGUGGGAUUUGCUUUUAAUUCAACUGUACCGUUAAUGGAAGAAGCAUUACUGUUAAACGAAACAUCAGGGAAAUGUUCACCAUACAAAAAUUGAAAAAUAGAGACAUAAUUUCUAUUGAGCUAUAUGGCUCGUGUUUAUAGUACAACUCAGGAAACAUGAUGCAGUAAGGGGAGAUUUCUUUUGAAUCAAAUUCCACAAGCACUGACUUGAAAGGGGAACAGAACUUUGAUGAUAGAAAAAUUGUGAUGCACAUCCGUGUAUUUAAGCAUUUGGUCCCUGAAGACAGCUUUGAAACUGCAAGGCUUUGGCCUCAUUGACUCAAAAGGAACUAAUAAUUUGACCAAUUUCAUUUCAGUAUAUUAAUUAAGAAAAAGCUAAAAAAAUUAAAAAUUAGGUAGAACAAUACUUUAUUUACCUCAUUCUACAUUUUAAAAGCCGUGCGUAGGCAGGUACCAAUGCAAGUAUCAGUAGUAAAAGUAGCAUGAAUCAACAUUGCGUAAAUAUAAAAAUUCCUGUUGGACGCUAUUGUUAAUGUUAGCAAUGUUUACAGGGAAAAAAUAACUUUUGUUUUAGAAAAUUGUAAAGUACAGGGUGAAAGGAAGAAACCACAGUUCUCCACAGUGAAAACUGCAAAGUAUAUUGAAAAGUAUGCUAGAUCAUAAAGUCCUUGAUACAUUUCAUAGUGUUGCAAAAGCAUAGUGUUAUAAUUCAGAUUUACCCGUCAGUUUGAUAGGUAACCUGCUAAUAUAAUAGCCAUUAAAAUUGUGUGGUAAUUUGCUGCUUUGUUUUGAGUUGUAAGACCUUGGAAAACAAGAAAUGGUCACAAGUAUCAAAUCUAAUUAAACCAACGAAUGCCUGGUUGGCCCAGUUGUAUAUAAUCAAAGUAAUUUUACUUUGAUCCUGUAUUCCAUCCUGGAUAUCUGAGGCCAUAAAUAAUUGCAGUACAUAAGCUUCGUUAUUUAUAAUUCAUGAAUAAUUUGUGUAGUUUCAGGAAGUUGUCUCGUAAAGUUGCUAACAAUUCUAUUGUAUGUUUGGGAAAAGGCUGUAAUUCACUUGAAUUAUUACAAGGGUCAGUUAGAAAAUCUCCCAUAUCUAGGUAGAGCAGAUGGAAUCCUAGGUAAACUCUGAUUGUGGUUUGUGUGUCUGAAAUCAAAAAUGUCUCCUCAGGUUUUUCCAGUAUAUAAAACAUUAGACGGUGCAUCGAUCAGAAAUUACCUAAGCAACAAUAAUCAUGAUCUGAAGCUUUCCUAAUUAAUUUUCUUGAUGUGAUGACGAUUACUGUUGGUCCUUCUCCAGAACCUGCACACUUUGCUAACUGAGCCUAAUUCUGACUUUUAAGCAAAUUUAUUUUUUAAACAAGUGUAAAUUAACCAGUAUAUAGGUUACUGCUGUUUUAAUUGAGUCAACACUCUGCCUAUGAUAUAUUGAACAUGUUAGUCUCACAUGUUUAAUUUGGUCUUUGUAAGAAAAUAUCAUGAAGGGAAAACCUUUGCUCAGUGCCCAGUGUAAUGAAAUUAGAUUUUUAAACUGUUAACAUUAAAGCAUUGUAGGUUCAGAUAAGAGUCCACUUAGACAAAAUUAUUGUCUUUCCUUUGUAAGGAACAAGCUGAUAAGUUACGUCAAUGAAGUUACCUCAAAUAUUCAUCUUGGUAAUCCAUUGCAUUUAUCUUAACUCCAUGCAUCAUAAUUUAUUUUUGUUGUCCUGCUACUGUGAGUUACCUAGCUUUGUACUUCUGUAUUCUGCCUUCUCAUAUGUUACUUGGGUGAACUCUCUUCAGGUUUAAGAGCUCCAUGUAAUCUCUGAUCCUUAAAAUAACUUCUUAUGGCACUAUUUAGUGAAAACAUAAUUAUUCUCCACUUAAACACAUGAGCUCUUUGUUCUGGGAAGAUGACUAGUUCCAAAUUUAAUCUUUAAAAAAUCAUGGCAUAUUCAUUCUCAACAGAAUUCUAUGUUGCUUCCUAGCCAUCCGUAGCUGCAGGUGUCAAGGUUUGCUGCACUUAUUGAAGCUGGGACGCAACAGAAAUGAACAGAAAAAUAACAAAAAAAUUCCUGUGUUAACUGUGCAGUGGUCCACCUGAGCAAAGAUCAAUAUUUUCUUUACCCAUAAUACUUCAACAGAAAAUCUUUCUGGUUAUGAUGUUAAGCAUAUUUUGCUCUUCUAUUGUUAUCCAUGUCAUUCAUUUGAAACCCCCAGCUAAAUUGUGAUUCAGUGAAGUAAAGAAGCAAGGAGUGGGUGAGGGUGCUGGGCUUGGGCGAGGGGGGGGGUUAGAGAGGGUUGUGGUUUAUUCCACAAUUUUAAAAACAGUUUUUAUAAUUUUGUUCUAUUGACCAUUAGAAUAGGUAGCUAAAGCUGCAAAUGCUAUGGUAUAUAACAAAAUCAUCCGAAAAGACCUUUUGUUAUUUAUUGGAAGAGUAGUACAAUUUGCAAUACAGUUGGCGUGUAGCCUGUCAACUAAAUCUAGUAAGUCCAACAAUGUUGAAUGUAUUUAAAUUGAACUAAAUUUUCCCUUUUCUACUUGCUAUAUGCCGUGUUCAAGAAACAUCAAAUUUGCUUUGUGUAGAAUUUGUAACUUGCAGUGAAGCAUAAUUAUAAAAAACUCCAUUAGUUGUUUUGGGUGCUUCCCAGGCACUUCGGUUGAUUUCUUCUUUUCAUUACUAAAAUGGCUAUAACAAAGAUUUGUAUUUCAAAUGUUAACUGGUUAAAGAGAUUUUUUUUUUAAUAUACCAAAAAAUCAAAAGCCAAUAUUUCAUUUUGAAAACAAGAAUUGUCACUUCACACUUGAUGGAUCUUUUGAGUUUCGAAUCUAAACUCCAUCCCUAAGGAGAAUUUCAUCCUGUGCGUAGGACAUUUCCCUCUGCUGAUUGCUGAGUGAAGCAACAAUUCUGUAAAUGAGUUGAAUAGGCUCUAACUUUGCAAUAGCAGUAAUGAACAGUACUGAGAGUAGUUCCACACUGACUCACUCUAACAGAAAAAAAUCUAUAUAAUUUAACAGCUUUGUAUUCCUCUACAUUAUUCUCUUAAUGCCUGGACUGAAGAUAUUCUCUGUAGGGUUAAAACAAACCUUUAAAAUACAUAAAUAUUUUGUCAAUAUCUAAUGAGACUGAAUCACUUAAAAGUCGCCUUUUUUUUCUCACCAUGGUGCAAAUAGAGAAAAUCAAGAAACCAGGAAUUAUUGACUUCAUUGGCUUUUGUUACACAGGUAUCUCUUAAAAAGAGUGUCCAUCAAUUAUUCUCUGAAGUGUCAGAGAAUAGUUACAAUCCUUUCAGAGCAAAACCAAUACACCAGUAUCGUAAAGCAUCAGACGUUUUGCUGUUUCCAUGCUUGUUGCUACUGCCAUUACAGACUUAUACUUGUGAUUAAUGUUGUUGAAAAAUUACACUUCAAAUUUUAUACCAAAUGGUGUCCACAAGUCAGUUUUCUGCUUUUGGUUAUUGUCUGAAGUGACUAGGCAGAGUUCUCUAUAGUUUAAUGUAUUUGUUUUACUUUGAUUUCCACUAUUGCUUUCAUCAUUGCACACUCAUUGCUUUCUAGUUUUAGUCUCCAGUCACUAGUUACAUGAAUGAAAUCACACAACCCAGUUUGGAGCCCUUUCAUGUUUCCCCCACCAGUUUCGAUCAUUGUCUGUUUGAAAACUUAUUUUUGUAAUUUUACCUUGUUUAAGGACAUGGUCAAUCAUUGAGUCCACUUUCUUCACAAAUGCAUAGACUUCAGAAUGCCAUAGAGACAGAGCAGUUACAAAAUAUUUUCUUAAAUGGAUUUCUUUUUUUAAAGGGACAUGGGUAUAUAAUGCUCUCUAUUGAGCCUGCUUCUGUCAAAACAUUGUAAACUAUUAUCAGAUACUGUAUAUAACUCUUUUUUUGUUCAAUAUUAGUCAAGUACGUCUGGAUUGUAUGUUCUGAGUGGCUAAUCACCUUUCAAUAGAUUAGAUUAAUUUUCUGACAUGUCAAUACUCGUGACAGAAUACAUUACAUCAGGUGAAUCUUCUUUCUCUGCACCUUCAUUUUAUUUACUUUACUUUACUAAUACUUUACUUUGACACCAUCAAAAAGCUUGCAUACAUAAAGGUACAUUUAAGUAUCUGAGAGAACGAGAGAGAGAGAGAAAAUAUGAGUAAUGAUCUGUUGGGGGUAAUAUUUCCCAUUGAAUUUUUUUGUGAAAUUUUCAAACGGUAAAGGUAAAUUGAGUAUAGAUUUCAGGAACGUUCAAAUUGCUAUAAUUGGAUAUCUUAUAGCUUUGUUGCAUUUUUCCUUAAAAUUCAAAAUGGAGUUCUGAUAUUUCAUUAGCAACAUUAGGCCACCAAUGGCCUCAAAGCAAUAAAGAAUAUGGCACAGUAAAUUCCUGUUCCCACUUCCAUAGAUUAGAUGGAACAAAGUUGAUUAUUACUACUGCUAUUAGUAAAACAGACCUCUGCAGCUUAUUUUAAAUCUUAGAUUUUAGAAAUUGUUUUCUUUUUGUUCUCAUGCUCUGAAGACUCAUCCACUGCUCUGAUUUUAUUCAACAAGAUCUUGUCAAUUUCUGUAUAGUUAAAGAGUGUAGAACAGUGUAGUUUGCUUUUAGUGACACAGGUUGGGUUGUAGUGCUAUCUUGAGUGAUUAAACUCUAGUUAGCAAUACUACCACAAAUAAUCGUUGACUGUCAACUGCCAAGUGUUAGAAUGCUUUUAGGUAUUAUUAAAAUGGUGACUACAGCAAUAAAUACAUUUGGGAAGAACAAAGUUAUCCAGAUAUAAUAUGUAGCUGGAAAUGUAUAUUUCCUCAUUGCUGGCCAUGAGUUUGCCCAUGGUAAAUUCACUGGACCAAUUAGACAUGUUUUUUGAACAUAAUUGUCAAGGUUCAACGUUAUUAGAAUCAGUGUUGUUACUACAAUUGAGUUUUUAAUUCAAUAAGUGUUCUUCGUUCACACAUUUUGGGAAUAAUAGGAAUGAGAUUAGUCAAGUGGUAAACACGGUAGCUAUAUAUUUCUGGCACUGCUUUGCAGGAAAGCUCUUCCAGAAUCUGUUGGUAUAUUUGGAGGACGGGUUUUAUAAGGUAAAUUCACCACCGAUACAACGUUACUUCCACAGUAUUUGAUUUUAAUCAUUCUUGUACGAUACUGGUCUGGAGACCUGGAAAUUAUUUAAUUGUGUGAUCACUAAUUGGUUAUAUUGAUAUUCAAUAUAACUAUUUCAAUUACUUUUAAACUUUUACAAUUAUUUGUUUCAUCUAAGAUCUUUCUUCUGAAUAGCAAAGACUGUAGUGCUGCAUGACAUAAAAUAUUUUUUUCCCUGCGAUGUCAGUGAACAAGCUUGCAUGAAUAGUUUUCAAAGUAACUGAGUUAUGUGAGGAGUGAACUUGCUUGUUUAAGGCCAUCAGCCAAAAGCAAGCUUUUAUUUUACCCAAUAAUUUCAUUCAGUGUGUAAUUCUGUCGGAAUAUAUCUUUUUUAAAUGUGUGUCAAUUAAAGAGGCUCUGUCUAAUUAACCUCCCUGUGACAAGAUGAAUUCAUUCAUAAUACAGAAUGUAGAGACAAACAAAGCCUCUUGGUUUUUAAUAGCUCAAUUUGAAUAACAUUUAAUACUGUUUAUCAAGAUCGAUUUAUUCCGGCUAUCUGGAACAUGAGUUUGAGUAGAAGGCAAUUAAAUGUGGACUGCACAUUCCAUCUCUUUCCUGUGUUUAUGUUCAUCACUUUUUUUAAGCUUCGUACAGAGCAGAGGAAUUUUAUUUUAGAACUUGGAAUCUGAGAAUUUUUCCAGUGUUUAAUUUUAAAUGAAAGGACACUAGAAUUGAAAGAUUAAUUUUGAAAUCCAGAUGAUAUUUCAUUUCUGUGUUAUUUUAAAUCACUUUCUCACCUUGAAAGCCUUCAAUAUGGGGUUACCUUUGUAGCACUGAAUAGCUCAGCAAAGGAUUCCAUUUUUAAAUAUUCGUAGCUGUCUGUAGUAUUUAUCUUUCUUCCUUUUAUCAAGUUGCAAUUGUCCUUGGAAGUUGAAUUCGGUAGGUUUUAAUUUGAUAAUUACAUAGUGUUGGUAAUAAGGUCAGCAUUCCCCCUCCUCCUCAUUCCCACUCGCAAGCAGUUGAAUAAUAAGUUGCAGGUUAAAGUGUUAAAGAACACUAAUUCUGAAAGAACUUUGAGAUUACUGUUAGAUUCCUGUUCACAUUAGGACCAACUACAAUAUUGACUUGAGGAAAAUAUUAUUUGAGUCACAUCAGGCUUUAUAAAUUCUGGUCCAAUUCCUGGAGGUUUCAUGCCAUUACUAUCUACCUCCAACUCUCCACCCAGCCAAAUAAUCACUUUUGUUUUAGUAGUAAGAAUGUAUGAAGAAAGUACAUUAGCCCAAUGAUUUACUUUCCUAUUGGGUUACUGUCUGAUAUAUUCAUCUUUAAUUCCCGGAAACAUCAGAUCAGUCCUGGAGGACUGCUGACCCGGGUUGUGCUUGAUACCCUGAGUUAUUCAGCAGUCGUCCUCAAGUCACAAUCAUCCUUGGCAAUAUGAAAAUAACAAUACAGGUAUUGUUGAUAAUUAAUCCAGGUGGAGAUCUAUGCAAUAUUUUUCAUAAAUGCACCGUGUUUCUUUCCUACUAAAGAUUUCUCAGAUUACAACUUUUAAGAUGGCAUUAGCAAUACCUUGAUCUUUACACAGCUGUAUAAAAGCAUGGAUACAAUGCUGAUCUCUUGUAGAGUCACAGAUAAACAAUGUUUAUCAAAAGCCAUUACAGUGUAUGCCUUGUAAAUAUUAUACAUUAAUUAUUAAUACUUUCACCUGAACUCAGAUAAUGUGAAUGUUCAUAGAUAGAUUUUUUUUCAAGUGUUGAAGCAGCAAUUUAUUGACUACUAAUCCUGUUCUCGUGAGGUGUGAACAAGCUGGAAUCAGUGAUUGUUGCACCAUAACAGGAUUACUUUUUAAGAGCUGAAACAAUUUCACGGUAAAAUUGCAUGUAAAGCAAGACUUUAAUAUAUGUUCUCUUCAAACCAGCAAUACAGUACAUAUGCAGGACAAGCAAUUUUUAAAUCUCUUGGCUUACGCGCUGACUCAUAUUUGGCUACCAUCAUCCAGCCUCUGAAUUACUGCACAACCAGCACUCUGGCUUAUGCUGUUUUAUCCACAGAGCCAUCACACCGGCUGCCCAACCCCAGCCACAGAGCCAUUACCACAUUACCACGUUCCCUUCUUACAGUGUAGCCCUUUUAAUUAGAAUUGAUAUUCACGUCGGAAAUAAUACAAUUGCACAUUUGUGUAUACACGAGGAACAGCUGGGGUAUCCCUCUUUUGCAUCUCGCAUCAAAUCAGUGAACUACCUUUUAUAAAAGACAAAAAAUGUGCAAGUUAAGAUUUCCAAAAAAGAAAUUCACAUCUUGCAGUUAAAGGGAGUAUAGUUUGUUAUUUUUGCACAUGACUUGUUCUCAACCUGUGUGGAAGUAAAAAUAAAUAUUACAUCGUGGACAUGAGUGAAGGGAGCUGAAGAAGCGAGGGUUGCACAGUAAUGGUGUAGUUAGAAAGCAUGCCGCAAAUGGAGAUUUAAAGCCACAUUUGCAGCUAUUAAAGCACCAAAAACAUUUGAAUUUUUUUUGAACCAGGAAAGUCUGUUGUCUCUAUUUAAACCAUUAGCCUUAUAUAUUAACAUACCACAUUUACCUCACAAUAGCAGUUUUUGUAGAAAGUGUUUAAUUGUGCAUUUUUUUACAAGUUUGUAAGGAAACUGUUUACUUCCAUUCAUUAUGUGAAAUAUAUUUGUAUUAUGCAAGGACCCUUCUGUUACCAUUGAGCAGUGUAUCCUUAUUUACUUCACACUUGAUUGAAAUUAUGUAAUGGAUUAUGUCUUUUAUCUUUUUUCCUAUUUGUAUAGAUCAUGAGAUAUUUCAUGUGAACUUUCUUAAUGGUCAAUUUAGUGUGUGUGGUGCAACGUUUAUGACAUCAAUAAAAUGUUCCUGCCAACCUAA